AGCAUCACACACACAUUUGCAGCUAAACACACCACACGAGCAUGGCAGGGGCAGCAGCUCACCAGCAAACCGCCGCCGACGGCGGCGCCGAGUGGAGGGUGGCCGUUCCGGCCGCCCUCCACGCCGAGCACGAGAACACCAAGGGCAGCCGGCGGGCGUGCUGCGCGCCGGCAUUGUCGUCGUUAUUAUUCUCGUGGGCGGCGGCGCCGAUGCACAGGACGGUCGGCUUCGCCGCGGCGGCGUGGCGGUGGCUGCUGUCGCUGGCGGCCGCGGCGCGGGACAGGAUCUUCGGCGUCGCCCGGACGGCGUGGAAGAUCGGCGCCGACGACCCUAGGAAGGUGGCGCACGGGUUCAAAAUGGCGCUCGCGCUCACCCUCUGCUCCGUGUUCUACUACGUCCAGCCGCUCUACGUCUUCACCGGCCACAACGCCAUGUGGGCCGUCUUAACGGUCGUCGUCGUCUUCGAGUACACUGUUGGCGGUUGUUUGUACAAGGGGCUGAACAGGGCCAUGGCGACGGUGACCGGCGGCGCGCUGGCCCUCGGCGUGCAGUGGAUCGCCAGCAAGUCUGGCAAGGAGUUCGAGCCAUUCAUCCUCAGUGGAUCUCUGUUUGUUUUUGCCUCGUCGGCCACCUACUCCCGGUUCAUCCCGACGAUGAAGGCCCGAUUCGACUACGGCGUCACCAUCUUCAUCCUCACCUACACCCUCGUGGCCGUCGGGGGCUACCGCGUUGACGAGGUGGCCUUCAUGGCGCAGCACCGGCUGACGACCAUCGCCAUCGGCGCCGCCAUCUGCUUCGCCGUCUGCGCGCUCAUCUUCCCGGUCUGGGCGGGGCAGGAGCUGCACGACCAGGUCGCCCGCAACAUGGACAAGCUCGCCGCCGCCGUCGAGGGCUGCGUCGAGGACUACUUCUCGGAGGCCGACGCCAGCAACGGGGAGAUCCCGGUGAGGCGGGCGCCCUCGGAGAGGUCGCAGGGGUACCGCGCCGUGCUGAACGCCAAGGCGUCGGAGGACUCGCUGGCCAACCUGGCGAGGUGGGAGCCCGCGCACGGCGACUUCCGCUUCCGCCACCCGUACCCGCUGUACCAGAAGAUCGGCGCCGCCAUGCGCUGCUGCGCCUACUGCAUCGACGCGCUCGCCGCCGCCGCCGCCGGCUCGGAGGCCCAGGAACCGGCGCACGUCAAGAAGCACCUCGCCGGCGCCUGCGUUGCCCUGGGCCGGCAUUGUGCCGCCGUGCUCCGCGAGGCCUCCGGCUCCAUCGCCUCCAUGACGCGGUCCGGCCGUCUCGCCCUCGUCGUGGGCGACAUGAACAGGGCGGCGGAGGAGCUGAGAGACGAGCUGAGAUGCCUCGCCGCGCUACUGGAAGAAGACGACUCCUCGAACGCAGAUGCAGAGCACGAGCAGAGCACCGAUGCGCCGGAACCGGCGCCACCGCUCAUCGAGGUGCUGCCCCUGUUCACCACCGCCUCCCUCCUGCUAGAGAUCUGCACGAGAGCGGAGGGUGUCGUCAGCGCCGUCGACAACCUGGCCACGACGGCGAGGUUCAAGAAAGCCGGCCACGACGAGGGGAACACGCUGGACGUCGAGGCGGCCGUGCCCGCCGCCAUGAGCACCACCCUCACAGCGGAAGUGCCACAAGAGACGCACGCUAAGGUCGCCGUCGACAACGAGAAGGCGGAGACGGCGAUCGACCUGAGCUCCGACCAAACACCCCGGGACAAGGUUGGCGAGCUCAUCAAGGCGCUGACGCGGCGGCGCAGCACCAAGAAGUGGGCGCGCGGCGACACCAAGGUGUCGCCGAAGCCGCCGCUGGAUUUUGCGGUCCACGCACCAAGCCCGAGGAGCAGCAGGUCCAUGGAGCUCACGGGCCACGCGCAGGUGGUGCCAAGCCCGAGGCACCACCACCACCGCUCCGCCGAGCUCGCCGGCCACCCGCUGGUAGCACCCAGUCCGAGGAACCGGUCCGUGGACUUCGUCAACAAUGGGCCUGUCCUGCCAAGCCCAAGGAACCGGUCCAUGGACUUCGCCAACCAUGGGCCUGUCUUGCCUAGCCCCAGGCAUCGCUCCAUCCUUGGGAUGGCCUGAUUGAUUCGAAAAUGAAAGAGUUCUAUGCUUCUUACACGCGGCAGCGUCAUGUACUCAUGUUAGAUAAAUGGUUUUUCUAAUACCAUCCGGCUAAAAAUGGCCUUCGGUCAGAUUCU